CAGGGGUUGACUGUAUCUCCCAAUUACAAAAGCUUUAAAGGCCAACUGGGUUCUGCGGAAAUUCAAACUACUUUAUGAUGAGAGAGGUUGCGGAGCGUUUAAGCUUUGAGACCCCCCUUCUCGUGCAUUUUGGGUUCGUCUCAAAGCUGCAAGCUCGAGAACCAGUGCUCCGACUGAACCUUCAAUCGCCAGAUGUGAGCCCACGUUCUACGAAUCGAAUAUUUUGAAACUUCCUUCAUUAGUUACCAGGUGUCUUUAUUCUACAGCCCUACUUGGUUCAUCACCGAUUAAGCUAUAGAUCGAUAGACAGGCUUGACACAGCCCAGCCACGGCUGGAGUUGGUCCCCGAACGACGAUCCAAAGAACCCCGGGCCGGUUCACCCCCGGGGACAUGUCGCCAAACACCUCGCAGCGCAGCCAGCGCUACUCACACCGAGCUCUCGUAGCACUGGCAAUCACUAUCACAUGGAGCACCGUCUGGUUCUGGAGAAGCGACAUUACCUCCAACGUGUACAACAGUGCUCCAGACCACCCAGCGCCGCCGGUGCUCACAAGCCCGGACCAUCCGGACACGCCGCAGAACGAAGGCGGCGAACAAGACCCGCCAGCCGAGCCAACAACAGCGACGGGCACGGAGCAGCCGCCGUCGCCACCGCCGCCGUCGCCGGCAAGCGCUGAUUUCCUCCCGCCUGAAUACCUCACCCUCCCGGAGGACCAGCAGCAAUGCGAGGACAUAUUCGGCAACUCGUACAUCCGCAACAUCGCGGGCACCGUACAGGAGAGCUGCGCCGCCGGGUCCCCGUCAGAACUCCACUGCUUCUUCGGGCAGAGGCUGCGGAACAGGUGGGUGCCGUGGGAGAGGGACCCGCUCUGCCUCGCGCAGGGCGUCAGGUUCGCCCCCAGCAGUGGGGCGUCGGCGUUCUCGCCGGGCUACAGCGGCGCCGAGUUCGAGAUGCAGUGCGAGGCGCAGAACUUUGACCGGGACCUGAUGGGUGACUACUGGGGCGGCACUGGGGUGGGGAACACUUUCAAGACGUGGAAGUUCAUGAGUGAGCAACAGGAUGGUAGUAGUACUGGUAUGAGUGGGUGCAGCAAGGAAAACAGCACAGACGACUGGAUCGUCCUCGUGCGCCGCGAGAUCAGCGACCAGCACAACAUCUGGCACCAGCUGAUGCAAAUCUCCCAAGCCCGGCACACAAUCGACGCGCUGCGGACCGCCAUAAACCCCGACACCGGCCGGCCGUGGCUGUCCGCCGCGGACGCCGCCCGCGUGCAGGUCGUCCUCGACGACGACCGCCACCACGCCCUCGAGGACCUGUGGCGCAUCGCGGGGGGAGGCGGCGCCCCCAUCCGGGCGAGCGACCUGGCCCCGGGGACGUGCUACGGCAACGUGAUCGUCCCGAUGCCCGGGUCCAGCAGCCCCUUCUGGUCCGCGCUCAUCGGGGACCUGAGGCAGGACUGCCGCGGGCGGCAGACGCUGCUCGACACGUUCGUGGCGCGCGUCCUGGCCCACUACGGCGUCGAGCCGCGGGCCCCCAGCGAGAUUCACGAGUAUCCCACCAUCACCAUCGUCGACCGCGCCGAGAACCGGAAAUUCAUCAACCUGGACGCCAGGGUGGACGCCCUGCGGGUGCGCCACCCGUCCUCGCGCAUCAGCGUCGUCGACUUCGCGGCCCUCACCUUCGCGGAGCAGCUCCGCCUGGUCCAGGACACGGACGUGCUCGUCGGCCACCACGGCGCGGCGAUGACGCACACGCUCUUCAUGGCGCCGGGUGCCGCGGCCGUCGAGGUCCUGCCGCCGUAUUUCCUGCAGCGGGGGUUCCGCGCGCUGGGGCGCAUGCGCGGGCUGGCGUACUUCACGGGGCGGGGGAUGUGGGAGGAGGAGUACAGGAACGUCACGCGCGGGGAGCCGCUGCCUGAGGGGUGGAGCCCGCCGCGGGAGCACGAGGGGUGGAAGGAGAGGGAGUGGGCUUAUAUGCUUGAUGAGGACUUUUUGGGUUUGGUUGAUGCGGCGGUGAGGAGCCAGUUGAAUAGGCUUAAUGAUGAUGAGAGGGCUGUGUAG